AUGACUCGAAAAAGCCUAUCUGAUUUGAAAUAUCCGCAAAGGUCCCAUCCGCGCUUUAGCGUUGACGAGGCUAAGGAGCGGAUACGGGAGCGGCAACGCCAAAAUAGGGCUCGUCGACGAGCAGAGAGGGAAUCUAAAGAAGACCGGGUUGUUCCCCUAGAGGACCGACCAGCUCAGUCCCGUCCUGAGAUUUCGGAAGAGGAGGGGCUAAAGACAUGUUUUAACUCCAAUGAGCAUGAAAUAAGCAUUUCUAGUGGUUUGGACCGCGCGAUUAAUAUGAGGUUUCCCUCUGAUGCAGAUCAAGAUCCUCAUGUCCUUCACCGCCGUCGUCUCGAUGCCAUCCGUGCUAAGGAGUACCGCAAACGCCAGAAAGAACGAUACAUUGACACUACCACUUGUGUCUUAGGCUCUCUAGGGGCUGAGCAGCCCUAUCCGGAUCAGAGCAAUGAAGCUAGCUCGUCCCUAUCGGCAUCACUCUCAACCAUACACGAUACCGUGAUAGAAACUAGUCUUGGCGACGACGUCGAUUACUCGCUAGGUGAUACGCCCACUUGUCUAGGAGAGGAGGCCCAUACCGGUGAGACAGGUGGAAGUGAUAUAGAGUGUGACCAACAUCACCAAGAAAACUUCGUUGAGGUGGACUCGGCCGAUAAUGAAGAAUAUGAGACCGACUCUCAGAUUCCGGAGUGGUAUGCUGAAGACCAGCCAAAUCUUAUCGAGGAUGACUCCUAUACCGAUCUAGAAUAUGCGACCGAGAAGCUGGCGCAACAAUUUCUAGGCGGGAUCCAUGGAUGUAGCGCUGAUCAGCACCGGGAAUCUCUUACGGCCCAUGUCAGAGCUGAGGGAGACGUCAAUCAUUACAAGUUAAAUCAGCUCUUCCACCAAGCUGUCCCUCAUACUCUGGAUAAGCCACAGCUCCUCCCACAGCAAGUUUACCAGGAAAAGUCGCCCCUCAGCCCUGCCCAAUGGCAGGAGUUAUUCUCCGGGGUAACUCCCUCGCACUUGGAUAGCAAGCCAAAGCAAGUCUGUCUUCAUGCUGAACAGGCCCAGCGAAUACCGCCGAAAACCUCCUUCGACGUGGACAGUAUCUUGGGCUUCGUGGACUCCCCGGCCGUAGCAGUGCACGGGAUCCGAUUCUAUUCGGCCCCGCAAUACUAUCAAAACAUUCAUAACGAUGUCCAUCUCACUAUCAAACGGGUGACUGAUGACCACCACCGGCCCCGAUUGCUCACGUCCAGACUAAAAGACGUGCCACAUUUCCUCUUCGCACGGGUUGAAGGCGCUGAUUUCCUAACUCUCCAUCUCUUCUUUCCGCAUUUACUCUGCCAUCAGGACUUUACGAGGUUGACCGACAAGCAGUUCACACGGUGGUUUGAUCAGAUCUUCUAUCCUGCCCUCCGUCGAGUCUGCACCACUGAUCACCUCCAGCGCCUACCGGCGAGUUAUCGGCAUGCCUUAGCCACCUGCCGUGCUUCCCGGAUUGAGAAUCGUUUGCACGAAACGCCCGGCCACCAGCCUCAGCUACAGAUGUCGUAUUUCCUACCGCCGCAAUGCCUGACUCAGCUGUGGCAGUACGUCCUCGCGACGGUCGAACAGCCUGGAUUACAAGAUUUUCGUGACCCCGAGCUAUUAGUCGAGGCGAAAGGGACUAAACUACGGUUUAAAUCUGCUGAUACGCCAUCCGAUAUGCUCGCAGUCAUGGAGAGUUUCGACCGCGAGCUGCAUCGCGUUUUAAAUUUCUCUCACGUGUUACACGAGCGGCUAUACGCUGACGUGGGCAAGGAAACCUGCCCGCAAGACGGAAGCACAAACAUACAUCUGGCGACGCUGUUGCCUCCGGAAUCAUCUCCAUCAGCUUUAUGA